GGUUCACUAACCACCAUUCAAUGAGGGUAUAUUUCUCAAAUCUGUAAUAUUUGAAAGAAAAUGAGCGAGGUCGCUCAAUUUAAAGUAAGUUCUGAUUUAUUAGACGUAGAAGAUGAGACGUUUGAGUUGGAGUUGCUUCGCAAUCCGUAUUCUUUAAGAAGUUGGCUACGAUACCUGUUAGCACGCGAGAGUUCUUCGCUUGAAAAGCGUGUUUUGUUGUAUGAACGAGCAUGUUCGGAAUUGCCUGGAAGUUACAAGAUAUGGAAAGCAUACUUGGAGUUGCGAUUGGCUCAUUUAGAGGAUCAAUCGUUUGUUUCAUGCCCACAGGCGUUCUUAGACGUGAACGGUUGCUUUGAACGAGCAUUGGUUCUCCUUCAUCGUAUGCCGGUCAUGUGGCAUAUGUACUUGAAGUUUCUCAUGCGGCAGCCUGAUGUAACUAAAAUUCGAAAGGUAUUUGAUGCUGCUCUUCGUGCUUUACCGGUGACACAACACGACGAUAUAUGGGCGUUAUAUUUAGAUUUUGCUGAAGAGAUAGGUGGCUUGUUUUGUAUUCAUGUAUAUAGAAGGUACAUUCAGCUUGAACCCCGCGCCGUUGAGUCGUAUAUAGAAGUCUUAGUCAAUUUGGAGUUAUGGAAUGAAGCCGCACAUCAGUAUAUGAGUAUCCUAAAUCGACCCGUUUUCCUUUCUAGCAAAGGAAAAAGUAACUAUCAAAUUUGGACCGAGUUUUCUCAAUUAAUCGUACAGCAUCCUGGCGAUAUAGAACAAAUAGAUGUUGAACGCGUUUUCCGGGCUGGUAUUCAUCGCUUCAUCGAUCAGGCUGGUAAGCUGUGGACUUUUUUGGCUCAAUAUUAUAUUCGUUUGGGAUAUUAUGAAAAGGCAAGGAGUAUCUUUUACGAAGGAAUCACUACUGUUAUGACUGUUCGCAACUUUACUCAAGUAUUUGAUGCGGCUAUUGAAUUUGAGGAACAAUGGCUAUCCAUGCGAAUGGAAAAUACGUCUAAAGAUGAAAUUGCGGUUGACUACCAUAUGUUUUGGUUAGAAAAGUUACUUGAUCAGCGUUCUUUGUAUAUUAAUGAUGUUAUUUUACGACAAAAUAUUAAUAAUGUAGACGAAUGGCAGCGCCGAACCACUCUGGUCGGCGAUGAUCGUGAAAAAAUUGUACAAGUCUACGCAGAGUGCUUACGAAAAGUUAACCCUAAAUUAGCUAUAGGUUCAUUUGGCUCGUUCUUUUCUAAUUUUGCCAAGUUCUAUGAGGAUAUUGGCGACGUUGAGCAGGCUAGAGUUAUUUUUGAAAAAGCCACGAAUGUGCCAUAUAAUUCCGUAAACGAACUGGCUCAAGUAUGGAUUAAUUGGGCCGAGAUGGAAUUGAGGUACCAGAAAUUUGAUACUGCUAGAAAAUUAAUUGGAGAUGCUGUUCAAGCCCCUAAAAAAAGCACCGUUAGCUUCUUUGAUGAAGCUUUAUCUCCGCAGGUUCGGCUUCACAAAUCCGCUAAAAUUUGGAUGUAUUAUUUGGACUUGGAAGAAAGUGUUGGAUCAGUAGACUCAACGCGUAGACUCUACGACCGCAUGUUUGAACUCAAAAUUGCGACACCGCAGGUGGUGGUUAAUUGUGCAAACUUUUUGGAAGAAAACGGGUUUUACGAAGAUUCGUUUAAAAUCUAUGAAAGGGGUGUUGCUCUUUUUAGCUAUCCCGUUGCGUUUGAAUUAUGGACUCUUUACCUAGUAAAAUUUAUUGACCGAUUUAAGGGAAAACAGUUUGAAAGAGGUAGAGAUCUUUUUGAACAAGCGUUGGAAGGUUGCCCACCAGAGUUUUCAAAAAGUAUAUAUUUGCUUUACGCGGAUUAUGAAGAGAAAUACGGAAAAGUGAAACGAUCUAUUUCAAUUUUGGAGAAAGCUUUUAAAAAUGUUACCCCUAAAGAUCGUCUCAGCGUCUUCAACGUAUUAUUGCUCAAAGUAGCAUCAAACUAUGGUGCGCUUGCUGCUCGCCCUGUUUACGAAAGAGCUAUUGAAAUUCUUGAUGAUGCAGGAGUAAAAGAUGUGUGCCUUCGCUAUGCAGAAAUGGAAACACGAUUGGGUGAAAUUGAUCGUGCUCGUGCUAUCUUUACCCACGGAAGUCAGUAUUGCGACCCUCGAGUAGAAACGGAAUACUGGCAGCGUUGGCAAGAUUUUGAACUUAAAUACGGAAAUCCAGAAGAAACAGUCAAGGAGAUGCUUCGUAUCAAACGCUCCGUCCAAGUAAAAUACAGCACAAAUACGUUGAAUAUUGCAAAGCAGGUUGCCUCGAUGGAUACAUCUUUACCAUCUGGAGAUGCUAUGGAACAAUUAGAACGAUUACAGGAAAAUUCCAAACCCUUAGCAGGGUUUGUUCCUUCAACUACAGGACCAGAAGGAGGUGUACGGCAAAGGGAUAUUGUGGAACAAGAAGAACAACAAAAAAACCCUGAUGAAAUAGAGUUAGGCUAAUGAUUCACUAGACAAGAACGUCAAAAAAAAUACAGGUUUGAAAUUUGUUUCAUUAAUUAAUUAUAUGAGAUGUAUGAUCCACA